AUGCCUCCCGACGAUGAAAAAAAAAGCGAUGCCCCGGAAGAAGCCAGCAGCCUCACCAGCCCAUCUCCGGCAGCAGCACUUCUAUCUCACGAUGUGGCGGCGAUAUCACUCUCCCUGCGCGUCCCACCGUUCUGGCGAGACCAGCCAAUACUCUGGUUCUGCAGUUUCGAGGCGGCAACGGCAGAGCUGAAGAGAAGCCAGGCGCAGCUCGCUCAGAUGGUAAUCGCGCAGCUAGAAAAACAAGAUAUUCAAAAUAUCAGCGACCUCAUCUACUCCCCGCCCGAAGAGAAUUACUACACCGCCAUCAAAAACAGACUCAUCUCGGUGUACGAGGAGAGCAACAGCGCGCAGACCAAGAAGCUGUUAUCCCAAGUCGAGCUCGGGGAGCAGAAACCCAGUCAGCUGUUACGACGGAUGAAGACGCUGAACAAGGAGAAGUUUCCUGAGACAACGAUACAGAUGAUGUGGCUUGAUCAUCUCCCGCCACACGUACGCUCCGUGCUCACCGUCAGUGAAGCGUUCAAAAUUAAAACGACGUUAGAGGACCUCGCGCUGCUCGCCGACAAAAUGUUGGAGCACACGCCAACAUCAGCGUCGCACCAAAUCGCCGCAGUUUCUACUCCCGCAGUCUUACCACCUUCGCUACCAACACCUCCGUCUACGUCAGCUCUCGACGCACAGUACCUCAUCGGCGAGAUUAGACGGCUAUCGCUCGAAGUCGCCGAGCUCCGUUCGAGACCGCGCGAAAACUGUAAUCAACGCUACAGCCGCUCGCACCGCCGUUUCCCAUCGCGCCCACGAAACCAAUCGCAAGACCGAAGCCCACGCAGCCGCAGAAGCUCGCCGAUGCCGUAUUGCCAUUACCACCGCCGUUUCGGGAUGGACGCUCAGAAAUGCGCACAGCCGUGCAGCUUCAAACCGAUACCGGCAACACCAUCAACAGCGGAAAACUAG